AAACUGAAAAUAGUUUUCAGAAAAUAUGAAUCUAUUUAUAGCUGUAGGUAUAUUGUACCGGUAACACGUCAUGUCAGGAUAUUUGUUCUUUGUGUUUUCUUGUUUGACAAUUACGUCAGCAGAUCUUUACCAUGGGCCUGAGACGGCAGAUUCUCAUAAAGUAGACAAAGAUGACUUUGAUGGGAGACAUCAUGGAGAAUCUCUGUCAAAGUUUAUAACACGAGUUUUACAACCAAAUACGGAGUACCUGGACAAAUGUGGGAGGACCAUUAACCAAGUGGCUGAGUUGAUGAGAAGUAAGCUGGUACCCCAUAAAGUAGCUGCAACAAUCAAGGGUGGAUCCCUUGGAAAAGGUACUGCAGUAAAACAGAUGGCCGACGCAGACCUUCUUUUUCCAUUAGGAGGUAUUGGUUCUGUGAAAGACCUUAGAGAAAAAUUACCAGAAAUCCUCAAAACAUUACAAUCAGCUUUAGACCGUUCAGGACACAUAAUAACUUCUAUAAAGAAAACUCCAUUUACCAUACAGUUCCAGAUUUCAGUUGAUGGAGUUUUUCAAGAGGUUGAUCUCCUGCCAAUAGUAGAUCUAGGAAUACAGCAUCCCACAAAGGAGAAUCUGAAAUCAAUAUACACAGAAAUGAAAACGAACGAAAAUCUGCGAGAUUACUAUAUGAAAUGUUUGUCCUUUCUGCAAGUGAACUUUGUAAAACAACAGCCACCAAAAGUCAAAUCUGUCAUACGAUUGCUUAAAUACUGGAUCAAAAGAAAACAGCAUAAACUUAAAUCGUACGGAGCGGAACUCUUAGUGAUUAAAGCUUACGAGGAUCUAGGAUCUCCGUCAUCUAUCAGGGAAGAAGAUUUAGCUAUAAACGUGUUUGGGAAACUGACAGAUCUGAGGUCACUCAAAGUAUCAUGGAAUAAAUAUUUUGAUCCAAAGAAAUAUAAUGUUCCGUCUGCACCCUAUAUAUUGGACCCUGCCUGUCCUUAUCACAAUCUGAUUCGCCAAAAGUCAGGAGGGAUUGAUGACAAAUACGUCUACCUUGAAAGAGAUGCAAAGAAAAUACUCAAUGUUUUAAAGGACCAAGAUUACAGAUCUAAACGUGGUGAACUUUGACCUUUUAAUAAUGUCAUAAUUGAUGUUCAAAAUAUUAUUUAUAUUGUUUCCCUUACAGUUUAUGUUCAUAUUUCGAAGUUGUCAAUACAUGGCUUUGUUUUGUUAUGUCUUUGUAUACUAUUAUUCUAUUUUAAUACUAAGUUUAAAACACCUAUUGUCUAUAAAUAGCUUUAUAAUGGAGUUAUCUGAAUUUGUUUAGUUUGUUAAAAUUUUCAUUCAAGUAUUAAAACCGGUUCUAUCUGUUCUGUUA